AUGGAGCCUUUCGAUAUGUGGAAAGACUACCUUGGACUGAACAAAGUGGUCAAGGAACUGGAGGCGUCACUGACCAGGACUGCGACAGACAGAAGCACGGAGAGGACGGCGGCCCCCGAAAUGCUUUCUGGCAGCCACGAGGCCACCAUUCCAGGCCCCCCGCACGACGUCUUUGCCCCCCCGACGCAAUCAACACCUGCCCCGCGGGAGGGCGAAGCCUCCCUCUGCUCUUUCUGCAAGCAUAACGGGGAGUCCAGGGCGAUCUACACUCAGCACAACCUAAAGGACGCUGCGGGUAAGAUCCAGUGCCCCAUCCUGCGCAGCUACAUCUGCCCGCAGUGCGGGGCCACCGGCGACAAUGCCCAUACCCGCCGCUUCUGCCCCCUCACCGGGAAAAGUUACACCUCUGUCUACCAGUCGUCCCGAAACGCGGCGGGCAAGAGGAUGAAGAAAGACAGAUAG